AUGGAAAGUAUUGGAAUUGGUGAACUUCCAAGAUCAAUUGGGCAGCUAAAGGACCUUGAAAGGUUGAGUUUCUCCAGAUGUGAUGAGCUAAGAAAGCUUCCAGACUCGAUUGGGGAAUUGGAAUCACUACGUGAGUUGGAUCUGUCUCAUACUAAAGUAACAGAAAUACCUGAUUCGAUUGGAAACCUGAGGAAGUUAGAAGUGAUAAGGAUAGAUCAUAGCAAGAUAAGGAAGAUCCCGGGGACUAUAGGAAUGGUGCAAAAGCUAGAGGAAUUUCAUGCCAAAAAAUGCAUGCAUUUAAAGGGAGAUAUUCCUAGAGGAAUUGGGCUCCUAUCCUUUCUGAAAAUCCUAGACUUAUCUCACACUUGCAUUCGAUCUGUGCCAACAACAAUCAACCAGCUUUCUCAUCUUCAAGAACUUUAUUUGGAAAGUUGCCAUAAAAUUAAACAAAUCCCAGAGCUUCCCGCAAGUUUGAUUACCCUGUAUGUCGAGUCUUGCUCAUUGAAGAGAGUCCCAAACCUCGCAAACCUGACCAAUUUAGUCAAUCUAAUUGUAUCUGACUGCUCUGAGGAAUCUCUUUCUAGCCCUCGGGUUGCCAAUUUUAGCCAGUCUCCAAACCUGGAGUGGAUUGGGAAGUUGUCUAGACUGGAGAGCUUGAAAUUGGUUCAUAAAAGCAUCAGUUCACUGCCAAUUAAGUUAGCUUCCCUUCCUCGCCUGGAGCAACUAGUUCUGUCUUGUUUUAACCUGCAAUGCCUCACUCAGCCACUUCCUUCCACACUCUCCAAGCUGAAGUUUAUAAACUUAAACUCAUUGGCAGAAUUACCGCCCUGUUCUGACUUGAAAAAUAUGUCGAGGUUGGAGUUAUGUAAAUCGUUGCUGACAGAAAUUCCACUCAGUCAGUUUGGACAAUUGGAGAAUCUGAGGGAACUGACCGUGUUGAACUGCAAAUAUCUGCGGCUGUUGUCCUGUCUGUCAGGCUUGAAGAAGCUCAGAGUGUUGUGCUUGUCGAAUUGCCCGAGGCUAGUUGAGAUCCAAGGUCUCGAAGAACUGGAAUUGCUGGAAAGUAUAAGGAUCGACGAGUGCAGCUCCCUAGUAAGGUUGCCUAAACUCUUGAAGUUGAAGAAGUUGAAGACCAUGGAAUUUAUAUCCUGCAGAUCGUUAGAAAAAUUGCCUUCUCUAUCUCCGGCAGCUCUCAAACAUUGUCAUCUAGUAGUUGACAGAUGUGAUAAGCUAGCCAACCACAAUGGCCCUUGCUGUUAA